UUUAAAAAACGAAGAAGGAAGAGGACCUCUGUGACGUAUUUUGCUCUGCGACAGAAACUCUGUGUAUGUUGCGGUUUAAAGCUACUUUUCUAGAAGCAGCUGCUUACUAUGGAAUAUAAAUGGCACUACAAGACUUACUGAUGACUCCGUGAUUAAUGAUGUUCAUACGCGAACAGAAAAGAGGCGGCUGGAGCAUGUUAAAGCCCCGUACAGUCACAUGGCAGUUUGGUGUCGUCGGCUAAACUUGGUGACUAUUUGUGCACAGUGCCUUUUUAUUCGCGUCUCUUGUUUAGCUCAGAUGAGCAUGUAAGAGUCAGCCGUGGUUUGGUGGUGUGGAGUUGUGCAUGUCCCGGUUGCAGAAAGUGGAGGAGAGCAGGCGGAGGGCGUGAGCUGUGUCCAGGCGGCUGUCGGUGUCCGGGAUGGAGACCUGGACCCCCAAUCCCCGAGCUAAGCCCUUCAUCCCCCGUCAACAGAGGAGUCUCUAUCUCACCUGGAAAUACAAAUUGACCAACAAGAGGACGAUUCGCCGGUUCUGUCAGGCCAGUGCCGUGUUGUUUCUGCUGAUAACCGUCAUAGUCAACAUUAAACUCAUCCUGGAUACAAGAAGAGUUGCCAGUGAAGAUGCAGCAGCCCAAGAAUAUGAGGAUGUUAUUCCUAACAUGGAGACAGCACGCAGGCCGGCUAAUGGACGCAAAGUCCUCGACAUUGAGGUGUACUCCAGCCGCUCCAAGGUCUACGUGGCAGUAGAUGGCACCACGGUGCUGGAAGAUGACAUGCGAGAACAAGGCAGAGGGAUCCAUGUGAUAGUUCUCAACCAAGCAACUGGUCAUGUGAUGGCCAAGAGGAUAUUUGACACCUACUCUCCCCAUGAGGAUGAAGCCAUGAUCCUGUUCCUCAAUAUGGUGACUCGUGGUCGAAUCCUCAUCUUUACCAUAAAGGAUGAGGGCACAUUCCACUUGAAAGAUGCUGCUAAGAACCUGCUCAAGAGUCUGGGCAGCCAGGUGUCCCUCAAUCUGAGCUGGAGAGACAUGUGGACUCUAGUGGUGAAGAAAGGAGGUCAGGUUUAUGGAGAGAAGCAUUCAAAGUCUCCAGCUCUGUCUACCUGGGGAGACCCAGUGCUGCUCAAGACUGAAGUGCAACUUACUGCCUCUGAAGAGGCAGAGUGCCACUGGGCAGACACGGAGCUGAACAGGAGGAGGAAACUCUUCUGCAGCAAGGUGGAAGGAUACGGCAGCAUCUGCAGCUGCAAAGAUCCGGCACCCGUAGAGUUUAAUCCUGACCCUCUCCCCAUCAAUAAUGUUUUCAAUGUCCCAGUGGCCGUUAUUGCAGGAAACAGACCUAACUAUCUCUACCGUAUGCUGAGGUCACUUCUUUCAGCCCAUGGUGUUAACCCACAGAUGAUCACAGUCUUCAUUGAUGGAUAUUAUGAGGAGCCAAUGGAUGUUGUUGACCUGUUUGGACUGAAGGGAGUUCAACACACACCUAUCAGCAUCAAGAAUGCCAGAGUGUCUCAGCACUACAAAGCGAGUCUGACAGCAACCUUCAAUCUUCACCCAGAUGCUAAUUAUGCCAUUGUACUAGAAGAAGAUCUUGAUAUAUCCAUUGACUUCUUCAG